UACCAGGGCAUGCCUAGCCUCGCCAGGAUCCUGGGGCAGUUUGACCUUUUUGUGAAUGGUACUUUGGGUCUCAAAACGAAAACCACCCCCUGUGGUUCCCGCACCUUCCUCAUCAGGGCAAGGAGAUCUGUUCCGGGCCAGGCGAGGCAAGAGGUCGUUUCUGUGGCAGGGGGCCUGCGGGCAGGUGACAGGAGGCGGAGGCGGAGGCGGCGCAGGACCCGCCCCCGCUACGCUCUCCUUCACGGGAAGUGAUGUGGGGCCGGACGGAAAAAACCGCCAAGCACCCAAAAAAGGCCAGUCAUUUGGGGUCCCAAGCUCCGUUUGGAAGGGAGUACCUAAGGGAUUGAACACUACGGGGACGCAGUACCUCGAGGACUCAGCACUGCAGGGACGCAACGCCGCGGGGACAGCACCAAAGCCCAGAGCACCGAACCGGGUGAAGCCCAGAGGCCUUCAUCAUGGCGGAUGGGGAUUAUGAUUACCUCAUCAAGUUUUUGGCCUUGGGAGACUCUGGAGUGGGAAAGACCAGUGUGCUGUACCAGUAUACAGAUGGGAAAUUCAACUCCAAAUUCAUCACCACAGUGGGCAUUGACUUCAGGGAAAAGAGAGUGGUGUACAGAGCUAAUGGACCAGAUGGAGCCGUGGGCCGAGGCCAGAGGAUCCACCUGCAGUUAUGGGACACGGCAGGACAGGAGAGGUUUCGUAGUUUGACCACUGCGUUCUUCAGAGAUGCUAUGGGUUUCCUGCUACUGUUCGACCUGACAAAUGAGCAAAGUUUCCUCAAUGUCCGAAAUUGGAUAAGCCAGCUACAAAUGCAUGCAUACUGUGAAAACCCGGAUAUAGUGCUGUGUGGAAAUAAGAGUGACCUAGAAGACCAGCGGGCAGUGAAAGAGGAGGAAGCCAGGGAACUCGCAGAGAAGUAUGGAAUCCCCUAUUUUGAAACUAGUGCUGCCAAUGGGACGAACAUAAACCAAGCAAUUGAGAUGCUCCUGGACCUGAUAAUGAAGCGGAUGGAACGGUGUGUGGAUAAGUCCUGGAUUCCAGAAGGCGUGGUGCGAUCCAACGGUCACACUUCUGCAGAUCAGCUAAGUGCGGAGAAAGAGAAGGGGCUGUGCGGCUGUUGAGACAGCCUCCAGGUGUGCACUGCAGCGGCCCAGAGCUUCUGCCUGCGAGCUGAGCCGCAGAGAUCCAGCCCGCACCGUGAACAAUGGUGAAUAACACUGUAUCGAAUGCCAAUUGCUUCUCCUCGUCUCCAGUAGACAUUAACUCAGCAUCCGUUUGUAACUUGUUGCAGCUUUAACGUAUCCAAGAAUUGGGAGAACUAUUUCACAGAGCCAAAAGUGCCUUGUAAAGCCUAGGCCCAUGGUGGCAGGUCAUUCAGGGAUUCAAGAGUUUGCAGCCAUGAAAGGUUGCAUCUGAUGGCACCGCCACCUGCCAUAGCACAGAUUGACCUGGAGUCUCAUUAGAGAGUCUCGUUAGAAGCAUUAGGAUCUCUGAGCAAUGAAAGGCUAAUCCAGAUUUUAAAAUCCACACCAUAGUUGACCUAGAACACUUGAAUGCUAAUAUUAUGUACACGUUGGACCAAUGUCUUUCAGCACACUGUCUUUGACACAAUUUGUCAAAGGGAAGGCUUACGUUAAAAUUACAGCCAUAUCUGUAGACUGGGUUGCCUAUAGGUGUGGUGGUGGUGGGAAGGGUUUGUAGGACAGGGGUGGGUGAAGUAGUGGAAGCCAGUGAAGUCAGAUUUCCUGGCUCUUGGCUUCAGGGUCAUGGAGACUCAGAUGUUUAUUUGUGGUCUGUUGAUUCAGUCCAUGGCUGAGCAUAGCUGGUGCUUCUGCUGUAUGCAUGCUAAGAAACCAUUUCUUGCUUUUCUCUUCAUAUUUAUAUUUUUGUCUGGCACCUUCAGGCUGUAGUUUCAUUUGUCGACUCCUAAUCAGACUUUACCUUCAGGCUGGGUGUCAUUGCUAUUUCCCAGUUUGUUUUCUCUCCCAUUAGUGUAAUCGAAGGUAUUUCUUUUUAAUUAAAACACAUGCUUAUUUGCUAUGUGGAGGGAGAGCAGUGUCUGUAUUUAAAAAGUCGUGUUUGUAUGCUAGUUUAGGAAAAGUGUUUUGUUGCCUGUACUUUCACUGGGAAUGUGGGCAUCUGUGUACUCGUGUAUCUUGCCAAGACCUUGUGUUGUACUCUAUUGCCUCAGUAUCUUCUUGCCCAAAAAGGGUGGUUUAAAAUGUUCUACAUAGCCAGGUGGUGGUGGCACACGCCUUUAAUCCCAGCACUCAGGAGGCAGAGGCGGCCAGAUCUCUGUGAGUUCAAGGCCAACCUGGUCUACAAGAGCUAGUUCCAGGACAGGCUCCAAAGCCACAGAGAAACUCUGUCUCGAAACAAAACAAAACAAAAAAUAUGUUCUUCAUAGAAUCUAUUUCUUCAGGCCUAAGGUAUUUCAUUCAGAGCAAAAUUCUUUUAAAAAGGCUUAAAAAAAGUAAACCAAAAUCUCCAAAGAACUUUACCAAGGGGAAAAAAAAAUCACCAAUUAUAAUUUUAAAAAGUAAAAACUGUGGGUGUCUUUUUUUUGACACUAAUUGGCAGAACUUGUAAUAGCUGUAAUUAGUAAAACAAAUAUAAAGGAAAAUGUUCGCGUGGUAGUUUUCAAGUGACAGAGUCUCACUAUGUAGCCCUGGCUGUCGUGGAACUCCUUUGUAGCUCAGGCUAGCCUCAGACUCACAGAGAUUUGCCCCCCUCUGCCUCCCAAGUGCUGGGAUUAAAGGUGGAGCCAUCACCCAGUUAGUGGCAGCUCACGCCUUUAAUCCCAGUGCACUAGAGGCAGAGGCAGGCAGAUCACUCUGAGUUUGAGGGCAGCCUGGUCUAGAGCUAGUUCCAGGACAGCCAGGGUUACAUUGAGAACACUGAGAAACCUUGUCUUGGGGGAAAAAAGACCCCCUCACCCCCAAAAAAGUGGAGCCAUCGUACCCACCAACCGUUAAAAGGCUUUUUUAAAAUUCAACACCCAUCAUUUAUUGUCAUUGUCCUUGAUCCCCUCUCCAGCAAAAUUAGCUGCAGCUACUAAGCUUUUUCUGUCAUUGAAAUGAAGGAUUCUUUGAAACACCAAAGUUGUCAUUAAGGCCUUUGCUUCUGCCUAUGUCUGAACUAUGUCCUGUGUUUCAAGGGGCAGACCAUGCAUACCAGUGCCUUCCAAAGUUACUCUAAGACAUCAGUGGAGUUUGUCACCUUCUAAAUGUUCUGUUGUAAAUAAAAUUAAGUUAAUGCUUGCAUAAUGCUGCUUUCAAGAAGUAGAUCCACAGUGAGAUGCAAGUCUUGUUGGCUCCAAACCUGGCACAGGGUUAAGUGUGUGUGAUAGACACCCACACAAGAACUGCCUUUGUCUCUUGGAAACAAACAACUCCAAAACCCUGUAUUCUCUUUGAAAAUGGUUUAAAUUUGAUAUAAAAUUGCCAUAUUUUUUGUGUUAAGGUAUUUUUCUAUUUGGAAAUCUGUAUAAAAGCAAAUGCUCUUCAGUGAACUUUGUGCCAAUUAAACAAUAAUAAAAAAUA